GGAUUCAUCAGUCCGGUCCUAGUGAGAAUGUUAUUAUAGUAUUUUCGUUCUCUGCCCGGUCCGCACUACGUCCUUUAACUAUUAUGGAUCAUCAACAAAUUGGGAAAGUCGCCGGCAAACUUACCACUCGCGUGAUUAAUACCAACUGA